UUUCAAAUAUAAAAUGGCUGAUUUUGAAUGACAAAUAUAAAUCGAAAGAAUAUGGAGGUGUUUUCAGUGAUAAGCUGCCUUUUGAUUUUAUUUUUUACAGUUGAACCGAGUUUACAGACAGUCUUGGAAUGGGAUCCAAAUUACUCUGUGCCAAGCACACCUCCACCAGAUGCAGAGCGAGCUUAUCACAUGAGUCUCGAUCACAUAUCUGCACAACCAUUGAUAGCAUGGUUAAAAGAUGCUGCUGGAGGCAAUAUCCUGAACACCACUUCAGGGACAUUCAAUCUGACAUCAGUGGACAAAGGUGUGUACCAGGGAGGAGCAUUAAGUGGGGAUACGUGGUUAUCAAGUGGGGGACAGCUGUGUCAGUAUUCACCAAAUCAGCCAUUUCCACUUCGCUAUGAAGGAUUUUACUGGAGAACGAGAUGUUCUCAGUCUGAUGCUAAACUAACUAUUCCUUAUUUUGAUGGAGAAUUAAGAGCAGACCAUUUAUUUCAUCAGCAUCCCCAAGGAACGAUACCACCACAGGAGAGAUACUACAAAAUAGAGACUGAGCACGGAGGAACAGUGUUAAACUUAGACUCAGCCGACCCAUUUACCAUAUCAAAACCUGCAAGCUUAUUAGUGUUUUCUUCUGGUAGUUCCCCACCAAGUACUAUUGUGGCUAACACAGAUUUCAAUGUAACUGUUGAAAUCUUAGAUGCUGAUAACAACACUAUAACGUCAGGAAUAGAUGCUACCUUAGAAAUGACUCUACAAGUGGCAUAUUUCAAGGGACUCGUUGAGCAUUAUUCAUCAGUUCCAUUUGAAGAUAUGGUUAGCACUAUGCAUGUCCGUUUAGCUGGUGACAAUGUAAUUCAGUCUAAAUCUACAUAUGAUUUUGUGGACAACCAAAGAGCUGCUGGUGGCACUGCAUCCUUCACAGGACUACGUAUCCUGGAUGUUCACGACUGUGUACAGUUAAACAUCACCAUGAAAAUGCCAGGCUUCCCCAAUGCCAGAUUACCAAACGUUUACAAUGACACUGCACUGAAAUUUGAAUACAGUGUGCCAGGGAAAAGAACAGCCUUUGUCUACAAUGGGACCUCCGAUCGAGCCAUCUUAAUAAGUGAAUGUAUUAAUGUAACAGAACAAACCCUUGAUUCUAUAGUUAUUGUCAGUGAUCCAGUGAAAUCCAAGCAAGGAGCCAACUUUCCCAUAGAGCCGUACGUGGUGUUAGAAUUACAAGAUGCAGCGGGACGGAGAAUCUUCUCUGGACAAGAUUCGAGUUUGACAAUAAAUGUGGCUGCCAGUGAUAAUUCUGCCUGUUUGUCAACUGAUUCAGCAACAUUGGUGGCAAAAGAUGGCAGAGCAAUAUUUGUCGGGUCUUUCUGUGCUCCAAUAUCAAAUGUGUCACUGUCUUUUUCAACAACAAGUGCAAUAUCAGCAAACUUAGUGACAAGUGGUUCAACAGCAACAUUUGAAGUCACAGAUGAUGUAUACUUAGGCAAUUACAUAGAUUACUAUUCUUCUGGAUCCACCUCUGAUACUGGACCAAACAUAGAUUCUUUUGUCUGGCAUGCACUGGAAGAUAUCAAAGCCAACAUAUACCCUCAUCUCUUACCAGGAAGGAAUCUUCACAUUAAUUCAUACAAUACAAAUAAUGAUCCAGUCACUACAGCCAAACAACUGGAUGGAAUGCUAGCAGAGGGAGAGUCAACUCCACACAAGAGAGUGCGAGGUAUAAUUGGCCUGGGAACUAAUGCCCUAACAGAGGGUCUGGCCCCAGUGUUAGCAGCCAACAAAAUCCCCCAGAUUGCCACCAGAGAAGAUGAAUAUGGCUUCAGAGAUAAGGCUAUCUAUCCGUACUAUAACAGACUCUCCUGGAAUAUAGGCUCCUUGUCCCACAGUAUCAUGAUGGCAGCUGCUUACAGAAACUGGAAGAAGAUGAUAAUCAUUCGACAGUCCAACUUAAAAAUCAACAACGUCUUCAUUCAGAAAGCAAAAGACUUCAAUCUGGAAAUUACUGCAGAGAUUGCUAUACCAUUCAUUCCUCCACCAUUGUGCAGACCAGGCCUCUUACAGACGUACAUGGAUAAGAUUAAAUCCUAUGGAGUCCGGAUAAUAUGGAUGUUUAUGAUUCCCCCCUUUAUGGCCUUUACUCUGUGUGAAGCUAGAAGCAAUAACAUGACUUCCUAUGAUGGAUACCAGUGGGGUGCUAUAGGACAGUAUGGCUGGUAUUUCCCUUACGCCAACCAAUAUUACGCAGGAUGUCGGGAUCCAAAUGAAUUGCCAUGUAGCACAGCAUUCAAGGGUUGGAUAGGAAUUGAUUCUACGUAUGAUUUAAAUGGAUUGAUGACGGACCAUUGGAAGAGAGUAAUGGAGAGACAUCUAUUUACUGACAGAGUUCAGAAGAAUUACAGAGGAACCAAUAGAAAGAACAAGUGGCUAGAG